AUUCAUUAUGUCUACAAUCGAUUAUUAUCAAACACUCCAUAUUUCACAAGAUGCAGAUGAACAAGAAAUAAAGAAAGCAUAUAGGAAACUUGCCUUGAAGUAUCAUCCAGAUAAAAAUUCUUCCGCAGAUGCUGGAGAAAAGUUCAAGGCCAUAAGCGAAGCCUAUGAAAUCCUAUCUGAUCCUGAGAAACGCCAAAUAUAUGACAAUAGAGGAUAUAGUCAAUACAAUAGUGACGAAGAUGAAUACGAAUUCCAUAAUCCAUUUGCUGGAUUUGCUUUCCAUAAUCCUGAAGAAAUCUUCGCCAAUGUCUUUAAUCAUAUGCGUUCCUUUGGUUUUGGUAAUUCAUUAUUUGAUGAUGCCUUUUCUCCGUUUGGACAUCGUUCUUCUCAAUCAAUGUUUAUGUCUGGACUUCCUUUCUUUGAGCCACCAUCAUUAUCUAUGUUUGGACAGCCUUUUGUGCAGCAACAACAACAACAACAACAACAACAACAACAACAACAACAACAACAACAAGGCUUUUCAUCUAAAUCUGUUACUACUACCACACAAAAUAUAAAUGGAGUUGUUCAGACUAUUCGAGUAACAAGAAUUACAGACGAAAAUGGCACUAAAGUAAUUGAAGAAUACGAUAAUGGAGUACAAAAGAUCAAUGGUGUUGUACAAGAACCUUUAAAGCAGAUUGAUCAUACUCGCAAUCAAGUCAUGAACAACAACUAUGCUAGUAAACCAGAGGAAGAAUAUCCUUAUGCUCAAGAUAUGCUUGAACACGAAAGAUGGAACCGAGCAGAAAGAAUGGUACAACAACAAAGAAUGCUUCAGGAACAGCAAAGAAUACAAGACCAACAUCAAAGAAUGCAGCACGAUAUGCACAGACAAAUGCUCCAACAGCAGCAGCGUAUGUUUAGAUCACAAGGUCAAAACAACUAUUACUACAAUCCUCAUUUAUUCUAGUUCUAUAAAGACAACAAAGUUUUCUCAUAAACCUUGACCAAUUUUUCAUCUUGUACAUCCUUUUCACCAGUAAAGAAAGGCUCAAUGGCAACUUUACUUGUUGCUUCAAACAAUUCUUGAAUAAUAUGUUGAAGUUUGUUGCCUGUUUGCUUGAAAUCAGGAAACUAUAUAUAAAAAAGUUAGACAAAGAUGUUAUCCUAAUGCCUAUACUUACA